AUGUCUACCGAGCAAGCUCCCGCUGCCACUGAGCCUGUGGCCUCCGCAGCUCAGGCAUCAUCUCUGGGCGCCUCCGCCGAAGUUUCAACUCCCCCCGAGACCCCUCUAACCAAACUUACUGCUCGUCUGCCCGAGAUCAUCAAGAAGGCAGACUACAGCGAGAUGUGGGGGGUCGAGCUGUCACCAGACGGUGCUCACGCCCCUACUCAGGUCGUCCUCGUCAAGUUUCUCAGAGCCAACAAUAGUGACGUCGCUGCUGCCGAGAAACAACUUGUUUCUGCACUGGAGUGGCGCAAGAAGAUCCAGCCCGCUAGUCUCGUAACCGAAACCUUUGACAAGGCCAAGUUUGGUGAUUUGGGCUUUGUUACUGUUCACAAGGGCGAGAGCGAGGAUGUGAAGGAGACGGUUAUUACGUGGAAUAUUUAUGGGGCUGUCAAGGACAACAAGGCUACGUUUGGCAACGUCGAAGAGUUCAUUCGCUGGCGAGCUGCUCUCAUGGAACUCGGUGUCCAGAAACUCCGUCUUAACGAUAUCAAGGAGCCACUUGCCGAGGACGCUCCAGACAUUCACCAGAUGCUGCAAGUCCACGACUACCAAUCCGUCAGUUUCUUCCGUAUGGACCCCGCCGUCAAGGCUGCCAGCAAGGAGACUAUUGAGACCUUCUCCAUGGCGUACCCGGAGUUGCUUGCCCACAAGUACUUUGUCAAUGUACCCGCCAUCAUGGGCUGGAUGUUUGGCGUCAUGAAGCUCUUCCUUGCGCCUGCUACGCUGCGGAAAUUUCACCCCAUGACCUCGGGGACUACGCUUGCUACUGAGCUGAAGGGUAUUACUGCGUCGUUACCCAAGGAGUAUGGUGGUCAGGGCCCGAGUGUGAAGGAGGGCGAGACGGUCAAGCUGGCUGAACUGGCACCCAAGGUGGAAGACAAGGAGGAUGCCGCGCCGGCUUCUGAACCUGAUUCUAAGGCUGUUGAGACCAAGGAGGAGCCUGCUGUACCUGCGGUCGUUGAGAAGAGCCCCGCAACUGAAGCUGAGACCAAGGUCGCUGAUGAGGCUGCCAAGAAGGAGAUUGCUGCUUAG